AUGAAUCAAGAAAUCUACGAAGAACUGCUCUUCGCAAGAACUUUGAUAACCGACACUAAAGAAUUUCUGGAUACUAAAGAUAAAAUUUUAAAAGAAAAUUUAAUGAAGAGGAAAACAGACAUCGCCUAUUUAACAGAUUUGUUUACAAAAGUUAAUAUGGUUGAUUUGCAAUUACAAGGCGACAGUUUAAAUUUGAUUGAAACAAAGUCCAUCUUAUCAGCGUUUCUUGCCAGAGUUAAUCUAAUGAAGCAAAAUAUUGGACGGGGCGAAUUUUCUCAGUUCCCCAAUUUGUCACAGACAAGCUGCCAGGAAGACGACGUUUCAACUUACGUUCAACAUUUAAAUGCCCUCUAUUCAUAUUUUGAAUCUAGGUUUGAGGAUAUUUUGACUAUGGUAAUACCACCGUGGAUAAUUAAUCCAUAUGGUGACAUAGAAGAAACGAAUGUCAUAAUACAAGAGGAACUGACUGAACUAAGUACAAACGAAGAACUUAAGGUUCAGUUUAAAAACGGAUAUCAGCAAUUCUGGCUGCAAAACAACAUACCCGUUACUUAUCCCACCGGCUACGGCUCCUGCAAUCGACACCUAGCCCUGCAGGACAAUACCGUCGUAAUCCUGCUGCUGGUUGGCGCGUUCCUGCUGUUUCUGUCUACGUCGAACGGCGUUCCUCCUGCCGUCAACGACGUCGUCUUGAGAUUGUCGCGUGAACUGUUCCAGUACCCCGAAGGACCGCAGGGACGAGGUGGGGAGUGGUGCGGAGGUUAUAGUACGAGCGAUCCGAACUUCAUAGCGAUAGUUCAGGAAGCGGUACCCGUUGUAUUUCCAGACGAAAAAAUAUUGCCCUCGAUUCAAGAUCAGUCCCCUCAAUCCCUAUUCCACAAUAAACCAGUUAAAUCACAAUGA